GUUACUGACACUAAACACGACGGAGCGAGCUGUCUGGAAGUCACGAGUCCCAAACUAAACUUUCCCUCAGGGAUUCAAGAGCUAGCUCGUCCUCUCCACAAGAGGUCGUUGAUGUAUUAAAGUUUUGCAUUGUUGUGGAGCUGGGCUGCUGUUUUAAAACUUUACCUCUCCCUCCUCCUCCUAACCAAAACACAGCGCUGUGUGCUCCAGUUGGUUUUCACGGUGGAUAUGGGAGCUGCGCGCUGAUUGGUCGCCUGUCCCUCAUUGUCAUGCUGUCAAUCCACAUCACAUGGUCCGGCCACUAGGCCUAUUAACAUGAGCUUGGCGAACAAGUUUACAGACUUCUGUUUCAGAGCCGUGGGGGACAGAGCAGCUUUGAGCGGAGAGAAACCAGAAGCACCUGCCGACACAUUUGCCUCUUUGGGCACACUUUUUAUCCUAUCUUCUUUUAAGACUGGUCAGUACCUCUACCUCUUUGACUUCUGGUGCUGUUUUGUGAACUUUUUUUUAUGUGCCUGUGAGUGAACACUAAAAGCCGCCUGAAUGUAUAACAUGAUGGAAACCGAGCUCAAGACCCCGCUCCCGCAGUCCAACUCGGGCUCGGCGCCGGGCGCUAAGAACAACAGUGCCAGCGACCAGGAGCGGGUGAAGCGGCCGAUGAACGCCUUCAUGGUCUGGUCCCGGGGACAGCGGAGGAAGAUGGCUCAAGAAAAUCCCAAAAUGCACAACUCUGAAAUCAGCAAGAGGCUUGGUGCUGACUGGAAACUUCUGACCGACGCUGAAAAGAGGCCAUUCAUCGACGAGGCCAAGCGUCUACGCGCUAUGCACAUGAAGGAGCAUCCGGAUUAUAAAUACCGUCCCCGCAGGAAGACCAAGACCUUGCUCAAGAAAGACAAGUAUUCUUUGCCCGGGGGACUGUUGGCGCCAGGAUCCAACGCCGUGGGCAACUCUGUGUCGGUGGGGCAGCGGAUGGACGGUUAUGCGCACAUGAACGGGUGGACAAACAGUGCGUACUCCCUCAUGCAGGACCAGUUGGCCUACCCUCAGCAUCACAGCAUGAACAGCCCCCAGAUUCAGCAGAUGCACCGAUACGAGAUGGCAGGGCUCCAGUACCCGAUGAUGUCCUCGGCGCAAACCUACAUGAACGCGGCUUCCACGUACAGCAUGUCUCCAGCGUACACGCAGCAGACCAGCAGCGCCAUGGGACUGGGCUCCAUGGCGUCCGUGUGCAAGACCGAGCCGAGCUCACCGCCGCCGGCCAUCACGUCCCACUCUCAGCGGGCGUGUUUGGGGGACCUGAGGGAUAUGAUAAGCAUGUACCUGCCUCCCGGCGGGGAAAGCGCAGAGCAUUCCUCCCUGCAGAGCAGCCGGUUACACAGCGUCCAUCCGCACUAUCAGACCGCAGGGACUGGCGUCAAUGGGACGCUACCUCUCACCCACAUCUGAGAGCAACAGAAAAGAAAAAGACUUCUAACUUUUAAAAAAUAAAUAAAAAAAGUACUUCGGAUACUUGAACUUUUUGGUUGCUAAAGAAUCAACGUUCAGCAGUUUUGUUUAAAAAAAAAAAAAAAAUCUCAAUAUGUAUUGAGUUGUCCAUUUUAAAUGCAUUUGAAAUGGACCGAAACUAAACGUUGAGCCCAUCAGAGUAAAUUGCAUUGCAAAGAGGCUUUUUAUUACAAGUAUAAGCAAUCAACUUAUGUAGAAGAAUUGGACUUCUAUAUUUUAAUGAAUGCCAUAUUUUCUCUCUAUGAAAAGGCAUGUGGCCUCAUUACGAGAGGCUGGUGUAUUUCAGAAAAGCUGGAUGGAAAGUUGGUUCAUAAAUGUUUACACCUAAUUUGUAGAAUGUCAGUUGUCUCGACUGUGUCCAAAUUUUGUAAUCUCUUUAUUUUCUUCCCCUUCAUGACCUAUAGGUUAAAAUGAAAUGUUAAGACUGUGCGGGUCGCAAACGCAAGUUUUAUUUAUAGUAAGAUUUUGUUUUCUUCUUUUUAGCUUGUGAACCCGGUGUUUUUGUCACGUGAAAAAUGUUCAAAUUUUGUUUUUGUAAAAUGUUAUGAUGGUUUUGACAGUGUCAUGUUUACUCAUUAUCCUGAACGAAAAUGUUUAUUUAAACUGACGUUUCUACAUAUUUUAAGACCAUCCUCUAUUCUUAAAUGCUGAAUAAAUUUGUACGAAACAUAA